UAAAUGUGCUCUUUUUCCAGAGCAAUGACAAUGAAGAACGCCUGCAGGUUGUAAAACUUCUAGCAAAAAUGUUUGGGGCGAAGGAUUCAGAAUUGGCAUCUCAGAACAAACCCCUCUGGCAGUGCUACUUGGGGAGGUUUAAUGAUAUCCAUGUACCUAUUCGUCUUGAAUGUGUGAAAUUUGCAAGUCACUGCCUUAUGAACCAUCCUGACCUAGCAAAAGACUUAACAGAAUAUCUUAAAGUAAGGUCCCAUGAUCCUGAAGAGGCGAUAAGGCAUGAUGUUAUCGUAUCCAUAGUUACUGCUGCUAAAAAAGAUCUUCUGCUUGUCAAUGAUCACCUGCUUAAUUUUGUCAGAGAACGAACGCUGGACAAGCGGUGGAGAGUGAGGAAAGAAGCUAUGAUGGGACUUGCACAGAUAUACAAGAAAUAUUCGUUACAGUCAGAAGCAGGAAAAGAAGCUGCAAAACAGAUAUCAUGGAUCAAAGAUAAACUUCUGCAUAUAUAUUAUCAAAACAGUAUUGAUGACCGAUUACUUGUUGAACGCAUUUUUGCUCAGUACAUGGUUCCUCACAACUUGGAAACAAAUGAACGAAUGAAAUGUUUGUAUUACCUUUAUGCAACACUGGAUUCAAAUGCUGUGAAAGCAUUGAAUGAAAUGUGGAAAUGUCAGAAUCUGCUACGACAUCAAGUAAAAGAUUUGGUUGACCUAAUAAAACAACCAAAAACAGAUGCCAGCAGUAAAGCUAUAUUCUCAAAAGUGAUGGUAAUAACAAGAAACCUGCCUGAUCCGGGGAAAGCUCAAGAUUUCAUGAAGAAAUUCACACAAGUUCUAGAAGAUGAUGAAAAAAUAAGAAGUCAAUUAGAAAUGCUUGUUAGUCCAACAUGUUCAUGCAAACAGGCUGAGGGAUGUGUGAGGGAAAUUACAAAGAAGUUGGGCAACCCAAAACAACCAACAAAUCCUUUCUUGGAGAUGAUUAAGUUUCUUCUUGAGAGAAUUGCUCCUGUGCACAUUGAUACUGAAUCCAUCAGUGCUCUUAUCAAGCAAGUAAACAAAUCUAUAGAUGGAACAGCUGAUGAUGAAGAUGAGGGUGUGCCAACUGACCAAGCAAUCAGAGCAGGUCUUGAGCUGCUUAAGGUACUUUCAUUUACACAUCCUAUCUCAUUUCAUUCAGCUGAAACUUUUGAAUCUCUUCUGGCUUGCUUGAAAAUGGAUGAUGAAAAAGUGGCAGAAGCUGCAUUACAAAUUUUCAAAAAUACAGGAAGCAAAAUUGAAGAAGACUUUCCUCAUAUAAGAUCUGCUUUGCUUCCAGUGUUGCAUCAUAAAGCCAAAAAAGGACCUCCUCGUCAAGCCAAGUAUGCUAUUCACUGCAUCAAUGCAAUAUUUUCUAGCAAAGAAACACAGUUUGCACAGAUAUUUGAGCCACUGCAUAAAAGUCUGGAUCCAAGCAAUUUUGAGCAUCUCAUUACACCACUGGUUACUAUUGGCCAUAUAGCCAUGCUAGCACCUGAUCAGUUUGCUGCCCCUUUGAAAUCUUUGGUUGCCACUUUUAUUGUUAAAGAUUUGCUAAUGAAUGACAGGCUUCCAGGAAAAAAGACGACAAAACUUUGGGUCCCAGAUGAAGAAGUGUCUCCUGAAACACUUGUCAAAAUUCAGGCCAUCAAGAUGAUGGUUCGAUGGUUGCUAGGAAUGAAGAACAAUCACAGUAAAUCAGGAACGUCUACUCUAAGAUUGCUAACAACAAUAUUACACAGUGAUGGAGAUUUGACAGAGCAGGGGAAAAUUAGUAAACCUGAUAUGUCUCGAUUGAGGUUGGCUGCAGGUAGUGCUAUUGUGAAGCUGGCACAAGAACCCUGUUACCAUGAAAUCAUCACCUUGGAACAGUACCAGCUGUGUGCACUAGCCAUAAAUGACGAAUGUUACCAAGUGAGACAAAUAUUUGCUCAGAAACUUCACAAAGGGCUUUCUAGACUACGGCUGCCACUAGAAUAUAUGGCUAUUUGUGCACUGUGUGCAAAAGAUCCAGUGAAAGAGAGAAGAGCUCACGCUCGGCAGUGCCUUGUGAAGAACAUAAAUGUCAGAAGGGAGUAUCUGAAGCAACAUGCAGCAGUUAGUGAGAAACUGUUGUCACUUCUACCAGAGUAUGUUGUUCCUUAUACAAUACAUCUUCUAGCUCAUGACCCAGAUUAUGUCAAAGUCCAGGACAUCGAACAACUAAAGGACAUUAAAGAGUGUUUGUGGUUCAUACUGGAAAUAUUGAUGGCUAAAAAUGAGAACAACAGUCAUGCAUUUAUCAGAAAAAUGGUAGAAAAUAUUAAGCAGACUAAAGAUGCUCAAGGACCAGAUGAUGCAAAAAUGAAUGAAAAACUCUACACAGUCUGUGAUGUAGCAAUGAAUAUCAUUAUGUCAAAGAGUACAACAUACAGUUUGGAAUCCCCUAAAGAUCCUGUACUUCCAGCACGAUAUUUUACUCAACCUGAUAAGAAUUUUAGUAACACCAAAAAUUAUCUUCCUCCAGAAAUGAAGUCAUUUUUCACUCCUGGAAAGCCCAAAGCAGCCAAUGUUCUUGGAGCGGUUAACAAGCCUCUUUCGUCAGCAGGCAAGCAGUCUCAAUCCAAAUCUUCACGAAUGGAAACUGUAAGCAAUGCCAGCAGCAGUUCAAAUCCAAGCUCUCCAGGAAGGAUCAAAGGGAGGCUUGAUAGUACUGAAAUGGACCACAGUGAAAAUGAAGACUUCACACUGAGUUCACCAUUACCAGGGAAGAAAACUGACAAAAGGGACGACUCUGAUCUUGUAAGGGUGAGCCUUUUGGUUGCAUUACAGAUGUUUCAUUUUCAGUUACCAAGACAUAAAAAUAACAAUGAAUAUGCUGAUACUUAAUAUUUUUCUAACAUG